UAAACAAGUGGAGCGAGAGUUGUGGUUUGACAAAAGUGGAGUGUAUUUGUGGAACUUGAAUUGUAACUGUGGAAUCUGAUUAUCAGUGGAUGACAUGAAGUUAGAUUGAGGCUGUACAUUGAGUUGAUAAAGGUGUAUUUUGGCGCUGACGAAUGCUGUCAUUCUUUUCGUUUGGUAUGACGACUGUUGGAGCAAAGUAAAAGGCGGUUGAAAAGAAAGCCGUAUUUCUUUAGCUCGGCUCACCAAAUAUGUAUGUGAUGACGUAAUGGAACACGCAGUAUCAGAAAAGCGGGUUCUUUUUAAGUUGUGUCAGUAAGAAAAAGAUAGCAUCUAAUGUAGCUUCAGAAGGCAACAAUUCUUUUUAGAUGGAGUGACCAGUUGUAACGGUGUGCUGUAAUCUACCUUUGCGCGUGUAGUUGUCUAUCUACGCAUGUCUAUGAGACAUACAGAACUGUCCUACAUACAAAGUAAUCAGGUACACGACACUGCUUUCCCCCAUCCCAGGCCACAGGCCCACACCUCCAACAUCCACACCGUCAGGAUUGGCACUCUCAAUGUUUGCACACUGAAAGAGAAAUCCCUUAAUUUCUUAAUCAAAAGUCACUAACAAGAACUGCAACCUCUUCAUGUGUGGAGACUGAGAUUAGCAGUGUGUAAGAACAAGAACCGGAGAAAAUCAGAAAGUUAAUCAGUAAAAUUUUUGUCUGGCUCUCAAGGAUUUCAAAGAAACAGCAGCAGUUAGUGUAACUAAGCAGUUUGACAUCAAAAAUAUUUCAGGAAUACAAUGGUUAAUCUUUGUCGUCAAAAUUUAUUUCUGACAUUUUUACUGGCAAUUACAGACUACCAUUUGUCAAUGUUGACUAGAGAGAGAGAUUACACUAUUUGCAAUAAAAAUCCACUCUAUGUAUCCUCAAACUACUGGGGUUAUAUUAAUAUCAACUACAAUAAAUUAGAAGAGAACGGCAAAUGUACAUUAACGUUGAUGGCCUGUGAAAGAUGUGUGAUCAGCUUGUUCUUACAUGGAGAAGAUGUGAACGGAUUAUGCGCCUCAAAGAUCACAUGCCCCUGUCAUUUAAGCAGUUUUUCUACAGAUGUCUAUUCAGGUGAACACUAUUGCUACAAAAGAAGGUGUCCCCUUAUCAAAUUCAUUGCAACUCCAGCCAAUCAUAUGGUACUUGUUCCUUCAUAUCAAACCAACUGCCAGAUUUCUACCAAGUCAUCAGAAAUACACAUUGAUGUAUGCCAAUCUCAAUCUAAUGUUACUGGUGUAAAGAUGACGUAUAAGGUAGACUCAGAUGAGACUACUGGAUUGAUCAGACAGCACUGGUUUCAAAGAGAAGAAUUUCUAAAUUUUACAAUGUGUAUGCAUUAUGGUGACAGUAUAUUGCAUCUUGGAACACAAGGCUUUAUUCAUUUAAGCAACUGCUCCGGAAAAUGUGUGCUAGUUUUGAAUUCUUGCAGAAAAUGUAAAAUACACUUCUAUAUGGACAUCAGUAAUUUGACUGGCAACAAUCAACUCAGAUGUCUGACAAUAAAAAUCAGUGACAAAUUUAAGAGAGGAGAAUAUAUCAGAUUUUCUGCAUUACAAUCUAAUUAUCUCAACUACACAACUUUCUCAAAAGCAGCCACAUUUGAGAUCUGUCAAAGUAACAUAGAAGGACUGCAACUCAAGAUAUUUUAUAAAGUUAUUGAAAAGUUGGAGACCAAAUUUGCUAGUGCCACUAAUAUAACUCUCCUCCAAUUACCUUCCAACUAUCCACCAAGUGAUGAGAUUUUCAAGUACUAUGUUAAAAAGUUUACCACCUCUGGUCAUCUUCAGCUAAUUUUUACCAAUUACCUCUGUUGUGCUGACUGCUAUGUUGUCAUUGCAUUUGGAUCCUCAGUAUUUAACAAUUCUCAAAAAAUUAUGCGGAGAGUGUAUACUAGUAAAGAUACCAUCACCAUGAAAUACUUCACUGGCAAGAUUUAUCCUGGAUACUGUGGACUUAAGGCUGAAAUUCGUUAUUUUGAAGAUUUUAACAUAAUUACACCAAAUGCCAAUUGUGGUAAAUAUCAGUUAGUUACAACUUCAGGUCAUUUCUACUUUCACACUAUCUACGAUAUUUAUUAUGACUGUAUAUGGGUUUUGGUAUCUGAACCAAGGCAAAGUUUCUUCAGGCAAAUUUACUUCAGUUUGUCUGUAAAUGCUUCACUUCCCAAAGGCAGCCAUGUGGAUAUUCACUGUGGAAAUACAUCUGAAGGGCAGAAAUUGGACCCUUUAAAAAAUUCUAAAAAUUACUAUCACCCUAAUUUAUCUGCUGCUUACAUUCGACUGCAAGGUUUGGUUCGCAACCAAGACAAAUUAGAUAUAUUAUUCACAGUGAAAAGAAACCAGUGUGCCUUGAACACAUUUCGCUGUGUGAAUGGUGAUUGUAUUCCAAAGUACAUGAGGUGCAACAGUCAGAUUGAUUGCUCUGAUUACUCUGAUGAAAAUGGCUGUUCACUUUUUGAAGAUUCCAGAAAAUCAUAUUCUUCAUAUUGGAGUUACAGUCUAAUCAUAAUAAUUGUUGUAACAACCUUUAUUAUUCUGUCAUUGUGCUUAUUUUUCAUAUUUGUUUGCAAGAUUCGCAGAAUUCGACUAACUUCCAGACGAAAUUCAUUUGCAUUAUCUUCUGUUGGGGCAACCCACAACCACAUAAGAAUGAAUCUAACAUUUGAAGGUGAGCUAGAUGCACCUCCAACCUAUGAUGAAGUUAUGACACCAAGCAGUCUACAAGGCAAUUUUAAUUUGGCAUUUAACUGGUCUCACAGUAACAUUAAUGAAACCUCAGUAAUGCCACCAACAUAUCAGGAAUAUAUGCAACAAAUAUCUGCUAUUGAUUGUGUAAAUUCAAGAGGAGAUAAUGAUGAAGCAAGCAGUGAUAACACAGUGCAACAAACUUUACCAGAGGAACAGGAAGGCAGAUUACAACGGGAAUCAAGUAAUGGAAAUAAGGAUCAAACAGUACCAGCAGCCUUAACAAUAGAUAUAAAUUCAGUUGAAAAUAGUUUAGAAAUUUCCCAGUCAGUUUUUGAUAUUAAUUCUAAUUCUAGCAGUUGCUAAUUAUUCCAAUGGCAAUUUGUGUAGUGUACAGGGUUCUGAACAACACAUAACCAACACUGAGAAUUAUAUUAGGAAGCAGUAAACAUGAGAGAAAGACAGAUAAAAGAAUGUAGGGAUGUUGAAAAUAGUAAAAGUCAAAAACCUUCAGUUGUAUUUCUAUCAGGAUAAGGUAGCUCAGACAGUGAAGCAUAUAUAUAAGAUUUAAUGACAGUGAAAAGGGUAUUAAACACACACACACAUAAUUGAGAUUCAGUUGAAUUAGGUACUUAAGUUGACACAUCAAGUCAGUCUGGUAUUAUCUGCACAGCUCAAAGUAAGGUGAAUAGAAUCAAAAUAAGCAACAGGAUAUCAAGUAGAUCCCUACUUGAUAUCCUGUUGCUUAACCAUUUCAAGCAGCUCCAUUUAAUUUAAAUGCAAUGCCAUCUUCAGCUGUGCAAAUAAAUAAAUGGAAUUUUAACAAGUUAGACACAUUAAUAUAAUUUUUCUCAAAUAUUUUAACAGUGUAAGAAGAUGGAAGAAAUUCAUGCUGUCACUGCUGUAGCUGAAAAUAGACUACAUUUCUAAGAAUCACAUGGAGGGAUUGUAAUCCAUUUCUAAUUCAUUUAUCUCUUUAUCAAUUACUAAAUCUAAGACUAGAAGACUGUCUAUUUUGAAUAAAAGACAAGAGUGAGUUGACAGCUUAUGGCUAGGUAUGGUCAUAAAUAUUAUGAUAUGUAUCCCUUUUCCUCAGGGAGGAAAUAAGACAUUAGGAGUAGUCAGUUGGAUAAUAAGUAACUGUCUAUGGAAAGAGGCAGGAUAGAGGUUGACUUUAGAUCAUGAUGUUAAUUACCAGUUCAAAGGGGUAAGAUGUUAAGAAACCUAAGAUGUUAAUACAAAGGAAAUUUUAUUUAAUGGCACUAUGGGUGAUUGUUUAUAAACAAUAUUGUUAUGCUGUAUAAAAAUAAAAUUUCAAAAAUGAUAUCAUAACCAAAAUAGGUAAAAUGUGUGUAUAUAUCAAUUAUAAAUGUUAAAAAGGAAAGAUUAAACAGAAUCGGUUUAAUAUUCAUUCAUGUACUUAAUUACUUAUUAGGUAGUUUCUAUAAAGACUGCUCAGGGCAUUUACUUCUGGAAUAACAGGAAAGAUAUACAUGCUAUCUAUUAAUUUUAAGCCAUGAAUCAGAAAAAUGUAAAGAUGCAUACACACACCUUUAUAUAUGUACAUAUAUACACAUACACAAGUAUUUAUAUGUUUAUAUGGAUAUAGUAUAACUAUCUUGCAUAACUCAAAAAUAUCUAUUUAAGAACAAGAAAAAUAACACUUUGUAAGGGUAUCAAAAUAAGAAUUUAUAGUACUAUAUAUAAGUACUAGGCUUACAAAGAAUAAAUCCUUGGGUCAAUUUGCUUGACUAAAGGCGGUCCCCCAGCAUGGUCACAGUCAAAUGGCUGAAAUAAGUAAAAGAAUAUAUAUAUAUGUUGUUGUACUUGGGGAUGGUCAUAUUGCCAGUUUAGCCAAUAAAAACACACGCACUGUAUAUUUGGUGUUAAUUUGCUUCAGCUUUAUAUUACAUUACAUUACAUUAAUCCUAUUUCGGCCAGAGUUCUUUCGUCACACUUCUGUGACCUCAUCAGUGGUCCUUUGCUUUCUUCUUUCUUAUGUGUGUCCCACCUUGCUAACUAUCAGCCAUUUUGUAUUUUGUAUUCCUAUUGUAUGUGUCUACGCAUGCAUAUCCCUCAAUGUGUGUCUAUGUUUUGUAAUG